AAACACUGUCUCACAUAAAGAACAGCAACACACCAAGAAGAUGUCUAUGUCUGAUAUCAUACCUGUGCCAAAACCAAGAGCAAGAUAUUUGUUUGGAGUAGGAGUAAGAAAGCAACCAUCUAGUGACAGUGAUGGUGUUGGUCAGUUGGCUUGUCCACACAUUCAGGUUGUUACAGAGAAGAACUCUGAAGUGGAAACCGAUGAAGAACAUGAGGUUAGUUUGAAUGAUCCAUCUUGUCAACUAAAUAACAUCUCUACUCCACCUGGUCUUCAAAAAGCAGUUGAAACCAACUGUAGUGAAACAUCUGAGAGAUUUUCAUGGCCACUCUCCACUGUUGUCAGUCCUGGUUCAUUUCUGGAAUCCGUGAGAGACGCUGAUUCUGAAUCUUCUGAUGAUUCUAUUGUGACACCAGACUCACCAAAAUCACAUAAUGCUGUCAAUGAAGUGCAUAAUAAUUCUGACAGAGCAAGUUCCAUAGAUCAGGUGAUUGAUGUUCAAACAGGUCCUGUCACCAAUGGAGAUCAAGUUCUUAAUUCACAGAACUUUGUGCAGAACAAACUUAACCAACCCAAGAAACCACGUGCUGCUACGAUUCGCGUAAGCAGGAAGAAGCAGACAUUAGCAAAGCCUGGCCAGAGAACCAGCGCGCUUCACAGUGAAAGUGUGGUGGUGCGAGCCAGCUGGCUUGAUGUAUGGAAGGGACGCAAGCACAAUGUCCUCUGGGCAACACUAGAUGGACAGCUCAUGUCACUGUGGAAAAAACGCACAGACAAGUUCACAGAAUAUGUAUUUCAUGUUACGAGCAUCACUGAUGUACGCAAGCAGGAUCAUGGACAUUUUUCCAUCUACUUCAGGAAGAAACACUUAGACUUCAUGGAUCACACUGUGCAGGAGGGCUGGGUUGCGUCUCUCCUUGCUUCUCGUGGGGGGGAACCAGCUGCUCCACCCAAACAACACGGGCCCCUUACCAUGAAAGACCCACGGAAAAAGAUGUAUGCUGCUAGCUGUGGACACAACCUUUGGAUUUACAGGAGUAAAGAGGACUUCAGCUUAGGGCUUGGCAUGACGUGUGUGUCUAUGAAUAUUGCAUCUGUGAAGCCUACCGGUCACCACAGCUUCAGCCUCAUCACUCCAUACAGAACCUUCAAUUUCUCUGCAGACUCGGCUAAGGAGGCAAACAUGUGGCUGGACUGUCUGAAUGAGGUGAUCCGCAGCGCUCUGUCAUGCAGCGAGGUGGCACAUCGGCUUUGGUCGAGCCCCUGGAAUAAAGUUUGUGCUGACUGUGGUGCUGCUAAUCCGGAGUGGGCGUCAGUGAACCUGCUGGUUGUCAUUUGUGAGGCGUGCGCGAGUGCUCAUCGAUCCCUGGGCAGUAACAGGUCCAAAGUGCGAAGUCUGAAACUAGAUAAUAAGGUUUGGACAGCACCUUUACUUCAGUUGUUUGUGCUGUAUGGAAAUAAAGCCGCCAACAGUGUGUGGGGCCACAACAUCCCUGCGGUGGAGCAGAUCGGACCUGAUGUUUCAACAGAUCAGAGGGCAGAAUUCAUACUUACCAAAUACUGCAAAGGACUUUACUGCAAAGUUCACCCGCUUGCCACAAACCAGAAACUGCUCGACCAGAGGUUACGUGAGGUUGUGUGUGGUCCUAAUGUGGAGGAGACUCUGUCUCUGCUGUGUUCAGGAGCAAGGGUUUUGUGCAGCGUGACAGAUCCUGAGUAUCCCUCCGCAAUCAGUGUGGCCGAAAGUUCUGGACAGGCCCUGCAGACAGAGCUGCUCAGACAUAAUGAGUUUGUGGAGGCACCUGACUUUGACCAAAUGAGACAUUCAGAAGAACUAAUGGGUGUAGAGGAACUGCAUGGUAAACUGGAUGAGGAGCGGUUCUUGUUCUCGCAGGAAAAUGAGUCAGCUGCCUGCGAUGUUCUAGAUUUAACAGAGGUCAUCUCAGUGUUUGACUGCUCUGCAGGGCAAAUUCAUGAGUUUGAGAUGUUAACGCUGACAGACAGACUGAUCUGCUCUGCAGAUAGACGGGAUGUGCUCCUUACUCACAUGCUGCACAUCAUGAAGAUUGUGCUGGGAGGAGUCGUUGUGGAUGAAGAUCUUCUGGGCGUGUUUGCUGUAUCUAGAGCAUCUAUACGUGAGGGUGCUGCGCUGCAGUGUGCUGAAGUGUGGUGUACACUACAGACCGGAGAAAUGAUCAUAUACACACAGCCGCACAUCUCCAGAGACAAACUGCAGCUCAAUGCUCACACACGCUGCUAUCUGCAGCAGUCUGAGAACGCCAUAGUGCUGCAGGUUUCUGAGAGGACGCUACAUAUGCAGUUUGAGCUGCAGUACAGCUGUCUGAGGUUAUAUGAGCUUGUACAGAGGGUCACAUGCUCGACGACAGACGGACAGCAGCACGCCUCUGUGCCAUGUGCUAUAGACAGGUGUAUGUCUCACAUCACACAGUACGGGUUAAAUGUGGAGGGUUUGUAUCGGCGCUGUGGUAUUGCUCCUCAGAUCAGUAAGCUAGUGGAGGCCCUGCAUGUUUCUCCCAGAGAAACACUUCUGGAUAAAGAUGAACUCUCCAUCCUGGAUGUAGCGGGAGCUCUGAAACAGAUCCUCCGGGAGACCGUUGAACUCAUCCCACAAGCACACAAACAGCACUGGCUAAAAGCUGCAGCUCUGCCAGAUGAAAUGGACAGGCACAGGACAUACCACAGACUGGUGAAUCAACUUCCACCUGAUAAUCGUGUGACACUAGCAGCUCUUUGUGGACACCUACACACUGUCCAGCUGCACAGUGAGAUCAACCUCAUGACUGGUUAUAAUCUGGCUGUGGUGUUUGUGGCCACACUGUUUCAGGAGCUCGCCAUGAACACAACCAUGGUACACCUCACCAGAGAGCUGAUCAUACAUCACACACACAUCUUCACGGGUCAUGAGGAGAGAGACGGAGCAAUCAUCACCGUAUUGUGAAGAACUCGCCAUCUCUCUGCACAGUCUAAUGGAUGGAUCAGAGUUCAUUAGUGUUACACA